AUGACUGAGCUGCCUCAUCUAUUACUGUUCUUCUGGCUCCUGGCUCCAACUACUGCUAAGAGGAUGCAAACUGUAUGUGCAUUGACUACCACUUUGCAGGAAAAAUUAGACUAUUACAACCCUGGUGAUCUCAUUAUUGGUGGGAAUUUACACCUGAGAACCUUUGUUUCCAUCAAUAGCCCAAACUUUCAAGAAGACCCAUCCCAGCAUGCCUUCCUAAAGAGAGUUGAAUCCAAGAAUUACCAGCAGUUCCUAGCCUUGGUGUUUUCAGUCCAAGAGAUCAACAAGGAUUUGCAUCUCCUCCCGAAUAUCACCCUUGGCUUCCACAUCUAUGACAAUUGCCAGAUUGAGAUGAAGAUUUCCUUAAUCAGCCUCUCCCUGCUCUCCAAACGAGGCCGAAUGGUUCCAGCUUAUAAAUGUGACAGGCAGGACACUCUGCUGUCUGUCAUUGGAGGUCACAAUUCCAAAUCCUCAAUCCAGAUGGCCUCCAUCUUCAGCAUCUUCAAAGUACCACAGCUUGGUGUUGGCUUUGAAUCCUCUCAGGGAGACAGAAGACUAUAUCCUUCCUUCUUCCAGAAUAAUCCCAAGGAAUUGUCUCAGCUUGUGGGUUUAGUCCAGCUGCUCCUGCAUUUCCAGUGGAACUGGGUUGGGCUUUUGGCCUCUGAAGAUGACAGGGGAGAACAUUUGGUCUCAUUUCUGAUUCCAAUGCUCGAGGAGAAAGAGAUCUGCCUGGCCUUCAUGGAAAUCUUUAAAUUUCGUGAUUUGAUUGCUAGAGCGUUCGCAUCACCUUCUGCUUUCGAUGCUUGGUUUAAAGCUGAAGUACUUAUUCUGUUUGGAGAGUCCAGUAGUAGUACAUAUGUACAGUUGGCUGCGUCUAUUCAUGAGCAAUUGAGGAUAACUUCAUCUCAGAAUGUUUGGAUCUUAAUUUCACAUUCGAAACUUAAUGUGAAGGGAUAUCAAAGCCUACUGAAAGUAAUGAAACCGUUCCAUGGGGCUUUGCAUUUUAGGGACCACACCAGUGAUUUAUCAGAAUUCAGCCAAUUCCUCCUGUCUUUGGACCCUUUGAAUCCACAAGGGGACUUCUUUCUCCCACUAUGGUGGGAAUCAGUGUUUGACUGCGAGAUCCAAAGAUCAGAUCAGAUCCCUCAAAAGGGGAAACUUCAAUGUACAGGAAAAGAGAAUUUACAGAAUAUACCAUCUUUAAUUUUCGAAAGAAGCAUGACAGGUGAAAGUUACAAUAUCUACAAUGCCAUUUAUGCUGUGGCCCAUGCAUUACAUGCAAUGUAUGGAUCCGGAGUUAGACCAGCCAUGAUGAGGCUUGGAAAGAAGAUCUCAAAUGUCCAGUCAUGGCAGCUUCUUCACUAUUUGAAGAAUGUCCAAUUCAACAACAAUGCUGGAGAUGAAGUCACUUUCUCACAAAAUGGACUGGAUUCUGCUCAUUAUGAUCUUCUCAAUUGGUUUUGGUUCCCCAAUCAAUCUUUUGUCCCUGUCAAAGUUGGGCAAAUAGAUCCUGGGGCUCUUUCUGGUCAGGAUUUCACCAUUAAUUCUGAUGCAAUUGUGUGGCCUACAAAGAAGGUGCCCUUUGCCAGAUGUGGCAUGAAAAGAUGCCAUGCAGGAGAGAGGAGAAAAGUUCCAGAGGGCAAAAAGGUUUGCUGCUACCAAUGUGACCCUUGCCCAGAAGGGACCAUUUCUAAUCAAACAGAUGCAGCACACUGUGAAUCCUGCCCAGAAGACGAAUAUCCCAACAAGAACAAGGUCCACUGCAUGGCCAAGAAGCUCCACUUCCUUUCCUAUCAAGAGAUCCUGGGAUACACUUUGGCUUCUAUAGCUCUUUUCCUUUCUCUGAUCACAUCUGCAGUCCUGGUGAUUUUCUGUAAACAUCAUGACACACCGAUCGUCAAGGCCAACAACCGAGAUCUCACCUAUAUCUUGCUGGUCUCCCUCCUGCUCUGCUUCCUCUGCUCCUUCCUCUUCAUUGGUCGACCCAGGAAGCUUACCUGUCUCUUCCAACAAACUACCUUUGCCAUUCUCUUUUCUCUUGCAGUUUCCUCUGUGUUGGCAAAAACUAUCAUGGUGGUUCUAGCUUUCAUGGCUAGCAAGCCAGGGAACAAGACAAGGAAACUCUUAGGAAAACAACUGACCAAUUCCAUUGUCUUAGUGUGUCCCCUCAUCCAAGCUGUUCUUUGUGCCACCUGGCUGUUAACCUCUCCUCCAUUUCCCAACUUGGAUUUCCACUCCUUGGUAGGAGAAACUAUCUUGGAGUGCAAGGAAGGCUCAGCUUCAUUCUUUUAUAUUGUGCUUGCCUACCUAGGUUUUUUGGCCCUUGUCAGUUUCACAGUUGCAUUUCUGGCUAGGAAAUUGCCUGACAGUUUUAAUGAAGCCAAGUUCAUUACUUUUAGCAUGUUGGUCUUCUGCAGUGUUUGGAUCACCUUCAUCCCCACCUAUCUGAGCACCAAAGGGAAGUCCAUGGUGGCUGUGGAGAUCUUCUCCAUCUUGGCCUCUGGUACUGGUCUUUUGGCUUGUAUCUUUUUCCCCAAAUGCUUCAUUAUCAUACUUAGGCCCAAUCUGAAUUGUCGAGAGAAUAUAAUGAGGCACAAAAAUCUCUGA